GAGGCGCGCAACCGCCGCGCGAGGGCGCACGGGGCUGCCCCUCCGCCGGACCCCGGCCUGGGCGCGCCCUGGGAGGCCGGGUGGGAGGGGCUGCUCCUGGCUCCCCCCGCCCCUCCCCGCGGGCCCCGCCGCUUCCGCCUGUCCUGCGGCCGCCCGGGGAGCCGGGACGUGCCGCCUGGGCUCUCCGUAGCCGGCUGCCCUUGGUGGAGCCCACACCCUCUGCACAUGAGGUCACGGGGCACCGGCUGGACUGGGGCCAGGUCAACCCGCCUUGUGACCCCCAAUCCAGGGGCUCCCUGCCACCACAGGUCUGGGAGCCGAGGUGGCCCUGGAGGCCCAGGUGCAGCCAGGGGGCUUCUGCCCGGGACUCAGCCCCCGAGCCAGCCCCGACAGCCGCACCUUCUCCGCAGUCCCUCAUUCAGCGCUGGACUGAGACCAGCUGAUCCCCAUUGUACAGAUGGGGAAACUGAGGCCUGGGGAUGUGGAGUGGCUGGCCCUUGGCCACACAGAAAGAGACAAGAACAGAGGCCCAGAGAGGUUAAAUGACUGCCCCAAAUCACACAGCCAGUGGGCACAGAGCUGGGGUUCCGACCCCGGCCUGCUGGCGCCCCCACUGCCACGCCCUCUCUGCUCCCCAACACCCCGCCCCCUCCAGAACCUGCUUCUGCUGUGGACCCUCCUGAACUGUGGUUUAGGGGGCAGUGCCCAGGGUCCAGGUGAGUGGACCCCCUGGGGUUCCUGGAGUCGCUGUUCCAGCUCUUGUGGGCGGGGUGUCUCUGUGCGCAGCCGCCGCUGCAUCUGGCUUCCCGGGUUAGACACAUGCUGGGGAGACACCCAUGAGUACCGCCACUGCCAUUUGCCGGACUGUCCCCCAGGGGCCAUUCCAUUCCGAGACCUCCAGUGUGCCCUCUACAAUGGCCACCCCAUCCUAGGCACCCAGAAGACUUACCAGUGGGUGCCCUUCUACGGUGCGCCCAACCAGUGCGACCUUCACUGCCUGGCCGAGGGGCACGCCUUCUACCACACCUUCGGCCGCGUCCUGGACGGCACCCCCUGCAGCCCCGGGGCCCAGGGGCUCUGCGUGGCCGGCCGCUGCCUCAGCGCCGGCUGUGACGGUUUGCUGGGCUCGGACGCCCGCGAAGAUCACUGCGGCCGCUGCGGCGGCGCCAACGAGUCGUGCCUUUUCGUGCAGCGCGUGUUCCGUGACUCCGGUGCCUUCGCUGGGUACUGGAACGUGACCUUGAUCCCCGAGGGCGCCAGACACAUCCGCGUGGCCCACCGGAGCCGCAACCACCUGGCGCUGAUAGGGGUCGACGGGCGCUACGUGCUCAACGGGAACUGGGCGGUCAGCCCACCCGGGACCUACGAGGCGGCGGGCACCCGUGUGGUCUACACCCGCGCUGCGGGGCCAGAGGAGACGCUGAGCGCGGCUGGGCCCACCUCCCAAGACCUGCUCCUGCAGGUCCUCCUGCAGGAGCCCAACCCCGGCAUCGAGUUCGAGUUCUGGCUCCCUCGGGAGCGCUACGGCCCCUUCCAGGCGCAGGCGCAGGCCCUGGGCUGGUCCCUGCGGCAGCCGCAGCCUCGGGAGGUGGAACCACAACCCGCUGAAGCCCCCGCGGCCCCAGCCGCCGUUUCCCCGAGGACCCCGCCCCCCGCCCCAGACCCCUGCUCCCCGUGCCCAGACACUCGAGGUCGCGCGCACCGGCUGCUCCACUAUUGCGGCGGCGACUUCGUGUUCAGGGCCCGAGUGCUGAGCCGCCUCCAACAGGCCCAGGAGACGCGCUAUGAGGUUCGCGUGCAGCUCAUCUAUAAGAACCGCUCGCCACUGCGGGCCCUGGAGUACGUGUGGGCCCUGGGUCGCUGCCCCUGCCCGCGGCUGGACCUCCAUCGCGAGUACCUGCUGGCCGUCCAGCGCCUCAUCAGCCCUGACGGCACUCGGGACCGACUGCUGCUGCCCCACGCUGGCUACGCCCGAGCGUGGAGCCCUGCCGAGGACAGCCGCGUGCGCCUGGCUGCCCGACACUGCCCCGCCUGAGCCGCGGGACCGGGCCCCUGCCACCUACAGCAACAGAGGCGUGCCUGACCGGGCUCAAACUCAGCAUAUUUCCCGUCUUGCCCCGGCUUCCAGUGGCUUCCCGCCUACUACACAUGCUUAGCUGUCCCUGCACACAGUCAGAUCCACUGUCAUGAGCAGGAGGCGCUGGUGAGGGAGGACACACUGAAGAGACGCUCUUAUUUCCUCUCUCACUCUGGCUGCCAGGAAGCUCAUAGAUGACUUAUACUUAGAAACUUUGUGUCUGCUUUCAUUUGCUUUGCCCCAUGCUCUCUUUCGUAGAGACACUGUCACAAACGGGCAUGGCCCAGAGGAAGGCUGCCCAACAAGACCUUGGAAUAGAGCAGUUUCCCCUCUUGCCCUGGUUACCAGGACGUUCACUGCUGUUUAACUCCCUGGCACUCUGUGCUCUCUCUUCUCACUGACACACGUACGCCUCAUGUGUUCAGAGACACUGUCUCCAACAGACAUGCUCCCUAGAAGACACGCCUACCCAGGUACUGGAAGGUACCCAUUUCCCCUUUUGCCCCGGCCACCAGGAAGUUCGGAGAUAAUCUUGAGCGCCUCAGCAAGUCUGGCUGGGUCUUUCUUUCUUUCCUUUCCUUUUUUUCCUUUUCUCCUCCUUCCUCCCUUCAUCCCUUUGUCCCUUCCUUCCU